GCGCCUUCUCCGCGGACAAGCACUCUCUCAAUCGGGCCAUCCGGGAGGAGUGGCUGAGGACCUUUCCUUUCCGCCUUCUGCGAGAGGGUUGAAUGGGUGACCUCCAUCCAGACCACGUCUAGCGAAGGUCCUCUCCUAGUCGGGUUAGUCUGUGCCUCGCUCCGCAGAGCCCAGAGUUGGGCUACUGGAUUUCUGCAUCCACCCUGAAGGUUGUCCUGUUCCUGGAUCCUUGUUCGAGUUGUGCUUGAAGCGUUUCUGAACUCAGUAACAUCUCCGCAAAGUUCUGAGUACAACAAAACCCAAAGAAGCCAUCAGAUGGAGCCCGGUGGGUUUGGUUUAAUUCUUGCGAAGCCCUUGAAGUCUGAAUGAGAGGAACCGGCUGGGAAAUUCUUGGCUGCCCCUGUUGCUGUGCUGGGGCAGCAGAAACAGCUUUUGGUUUGGGUUUGCCUGAAGCAGUGCCAGGCGCUCACCGGGCACCAGAGACCAGGGCGACCGCAGUCAGAGCCCGCUGCUGGAUGGGCUGCAUGCGGGGUGGCCCUCGGCGGCUGGAGUGCCGGGGCUCAGCCUGGAGCUCUAGGAGGAAAAUGCUACCUGCUAGGAGCUUGGGUGAUCAGCCGCAGGUCUCCCCUGGCAGUUUACACAAGCCUGCUGGGCUGCCUCCAGUGGCCCUGGAAGACCGGCUUCCUUUGUGGAGCCCUGAAGUUGGAUCCCCUGAGGCCUGGAAUCUGAGCCACAGUGGCCCCGGGGGCUGCCUGCUCGGCCCCAGGCAGGACCAGCUCUUCGCCAGCGUGACCCUGCACGCCCUCCUGCUGCCCGCCGCCCAAGUGGAAUCUUUCAGGGUCUUCAGGGCCGAAUCCGGCUACUACCGAGUGCUUCCUGAGAGGGUGCGGUGGCUCCAGGCACUGCUUUCGUUCCCCUGGACCCUGAGGUGUGUGGCCGUCCCUGGCCUUCUUCGAGUGGCGGUGUCCUACUGUCCCUGGAUGCGGAUGCGGACGCGGGGCUCGGUCUCCAGCGUCUCUGCCCCAGCGCUGGUGGGGGCCCUGCUGGUGGCCGCUCACACACACCUGCACCACCUUCUGAGCACAGCCUGGGCGCUGCCACCCCGCACCUUUGCACACUCAGGCUCCAGGCUGCUGCUGCUGAGGUUUCCCAGGAGAAGCUGGGAGGACUUGGCCCCAAGCCUUUCCUCGUCCUGCCCGCGAGCCGUGGCUGGGUGCUGCGGGGCCCUCUGGGCAAUGGCGGCCGCGCUGUGUCUGGGAACGAAGAGCAAAUCUUCUUGCAUCACACCGCUGGUGAGGCUGACAGAUGUCACCACGCUUGCUUGCUGGAAGAGUCAUCACCUAGAUGAGUUCUCCAGACUGCUAGAUGAACUGCUGGUGAGGGUGGACACUUCGUCUGACAGUCUGGAGCUCCCUGCUCCCCAAGAACCCACGCCUGUGGCGUGGGGAGCAGAAGACAGUCCCAUAGUGAGCAGCCCCACUCACCAAGCUACUGGGGCAAGAAGAGAAUGACUCCAGUCAGAAAUGUGUGCUGAGACAAGAGCUGCUACAGACACCCAGGAAAACUGUCUGUUCCUUCCCCGACUGCCUCCUAUGGGUGGGCGUCCUGCAGCUCGAAGGCACAGGAGCCCUGGGAGAAGCUGCUAAGCAGACCCCGAAUCACCCAGGUCCCACUACUGAGGCUCCAGCCUCACUGUGGGCCCAGCCACACCUGCACCCACUUUCCACCAGACCAGAGCCCACACCAGGGAGAGCAGAGCCUGGUCUGCUCCUGCUUGGAACUCAGAAAUGCUGGUUUCAGCCACACGUGGCGCUGCAUCCUGGAGUCCCGCACUCUGGGAGGCUGAGCCUGGAGGAUCGCUAUUUGGAGCCCAGCCUGGGUGACUUAGCCGCUCUCUCAAAAUUUAAAAUAAAGGGGCAAUGGGGAUGGAGCUUAGUGUGGUUCAGUCUCCAGCUCCGCGCACACACACACACACACACACACUCUCUCUCUCUCUCUCUCUCUCUCUCUCUCUCUU